AUGGCUCAAGAUACAGCCAGCAAUGGCACGGCAAAGCCCAAAUACGAAAGACGGUCGUCCCAACCUGAGAAUCCCUUCGCCGCAUUGAUCCCGGAUCAGCAAAUCGCCAUAAUCCCAGAGUUCUCGCUGGAAUCUGGGACAACGCUACGAAACGUCCCGGUCGCUUACACGACGCGGGGAAAGCUAUCGACGACUGGCGACAAUGCCAUGGUUAUUUGUCAUGCUCUGACGGGCAGUGCAGAUGUCAGCGACUGGUGGGGGCCAUUACUCGGCGGUCCUGGUCAAGCGUUCGACACAUCAAGGUUCUUUAUUGUCUGCAUGAAUAGUCUCGGCAGCCCUUACGGUUCGGCUAGCCCCGUUACGGCAAAAGACGGAGACGCUGCCAACGGCAGAUAUGGCCCCGAGUUUCCCCUCACAACCAUUCGCGACGACGUCCAUCUGCACAAACUGUUGCUGGAUGAGCUUGGGGUCAAGCAAGUCGCGGCCGUAAUCGGCGGAUCCCUAGGCGGCAUGUUUGUGCUGGAGUGGGCAUUCUUUGGUAAAAACUAUAUCCGUUGUAUCGUUCCGAUUGCCACCUCUAGCCGGCACAGUGCCUGGGGUAUUAGCUGGGGUGAGGCGCAGAGACAGAGCAUCUACGCGGACCCCAAGUACGACGAUGGAUAUUACUCAUUCGAGGAUCCGCCUUCGACUGGUCUCGGCGCAGCGCGCAUGUCUGCGUUGCUCACCUACCGCAGCCGCGACUCUUUCGAAUCUCGUUUCGGACGUAAUAUCCCCGAUGCUUCUAAAGUACAGACUAUUCGGGAACGACCACGCCCCUCCACUCCUUCUGAAGCUCACUUCCACAUUCACAAUGAUGGUCACGUUGUGAAGCGCACAUCAGUAUCUCGCAAGAACAGCGCGGGCAGCUCGAAACAGUCACCGAACGGCAGCAACAGCAACCAAGUGGUUGACUCACCGGACCCUCAGUUCACAGGCCCCAAAAAGGUGGAGAGUCUUACUGGUGGCGAAGAUCUACCAACGUCGACGUACUUUUCCGCCCAAUCCUACCUGCGGUACCAAGGAACCAAAUUCGUGAAGCGGUUCGACAGCAACUGCUACAUUGCCAUGACACGCAAACUCGACACCCAUGAUGUUUCGCGCAACCGCGCGGACACGAUUGAGGAGGCUCUCGCUUUGAUUGAGCAGCCGACCCUGGUGCUCGGUAUCGAGAGCGAUGGGCUGUUUACGUUUGCGGAGCAGCGAGAGAUUGCCGAGCACGUCAAGGACGCCAGGUUAGAGCGCAUCGAGAGCCCCGAGGGCCACGACGCUUUCCUGCUGCAGUUUGAGCAGGUGAAUCGGCACAUUCUGGCAUUCCUCAAGGAGGUUCUCCCCGACAUUAUGAGCAAAGAGGGUGCGGCAGCGGAAGAGGUGGGGGUGGGCAAGAUUACCAAGUCGAGCACGUUUGGCGAGGCAGAGGUCGAGGACAUUACGGCAUGGUAG